UGUGGAUAACCCACAUUUCCUCCUGCCGACACGCAUUCCCAAGAAAACAUCCUGGAUAACGGACCGAGCUGCGUGUGAGUGCAAACCAAAGAAUAAAACCGAGCCCUCGAGGUGGAAAACACAUAUGAGCAGAUACUUGAGAUACUGGACAUGAUUGGCGACCGAGCUGUGGACUAUUUGAGAUGUCAGAGCAUCAUUUACAUACAUCAUUCGCCAGACAGCUGUUGUUCGCGUUUCGAGUUGUAGUGCUCAGACCUUCUCUGUACUGACUCUAUUAAAAUACACGAGACAUUGAGAGAAAGAUGCUUAAAUCGGGAAACAAUAUGUGGCUAUAUACUUUUGCUGUUACUCUUAUUGUCAUUGCGCAGGAGAUAAACGGAGAGCCACAUACGCGUCCAUCCUCCGCGACGCCGCUUAAUUCAACAUUACCGCCUCAAGAAGAAAAUUCAACACAAAAUACAACAGAUGCUGCGGUUGGAUCCCGCAUUUCUACCAUUUUGAGGGAUCUUCCUACAAUCAAAAACAUUUCGAUUUUCAUCUGCGUGCUAACAACCUUACUUAUCACGUGCCUUGUCAUAAAAAUAUGCAGAUCAGCAAGGAAGAUCAGAAAAACAAGAAAAUAUGACAUCAUCACAACUCCAGCAGAGCGCGUAGAGAUGGCUCCUUUAAAUGAAGAAAACGACGAAGAGGACGAUUCCACCCUGUUUGAUGUCAAAUACAGGUGAAUGGUAUAGUACUCUCGGAGUCAUUGUUGAAGGUCUUGUAAAACCCCCUGGAUUCCUGCAUGAACACUUCUAUACAGGGAAUGAGCUCCUGCACCUUCGAUCCGUUUCUCCAAGGCCGUGAAACAUCAGUGGAACCGGUCAGGAAAUUUUAUCCGAUGUUUCCUGGUGUGUGCAUCUGUUCUGACAUUCCAGACCAACGAAGCACAGAAACUUAAUCAAAUAUUGAUGAAAAACCUUUUCUUUGUUGCAGGGAAAGGAAACAUUAAGCUUAAUCCUCCAAAAAUACGUUAUUGCACAACCUUUUGUUGUUUUUCUUCCAACAAAACAUUCCAUUUGUUAAUUAAAUAAAUAUACAUAAUUCCCCUUGAAUGUAUCUGGCAGCUUGAAUAUUUCUGUUACAUUACAUCACAUUGAGGCUAUUAUAUGUCAUAUUUUUAAAAACGUUUAUACAAUAAUUAUCAAUAAUUAAUGAUUGAUUUUAAAAUGCUUUACAAUCACAUUGGUUUUAGCUGUGCUUGAAUCAGCCCAAAGUUUCCAAUCAAAAGAUUAAGAUAUAUUUGUUAUAUUAUAGUGAUAUUUGCUUAUCGACGAUGUUAAAAGGAUGUUUAUGGUCCAAUACUGAAAGCUAUUCUAUAUUGUUGUCUGUAUAUAUUGUAUGCAAAUCUUUUCCUCUGAAAUAGUUUAUUUUUUAGAGAAAAAAAAAUACAUAUUUUGAUUUAAUAAGUGUAAUAUGUUUCAAACCUGCCUAUAUUUUGAGAAUUAUUAAUGUACUAACCACUAAUCGUGCAUAUUUACUGUUUCAGGGUUGAAUGUAUGUGUGAGAGAGGAUGCGUGGAGGAGUCUGGAGAAUAUUGUUUUCAUAUUGCUGCUCUCUGAGGUCGUUUUAUUUUUAUUCUGUCACAUAUGCAAGCCUCCUUUUUUAAUUAACUUACAAUUUACAGUGGAAUAUUGCAGUGCCACACAUCAUGAAGGGUUUAAACACAUAUUUUAUUAUCGUUUAAUAUAUUUUAAAUUAGAGCAGCAAUGAAAGAGUAUCUUUAAAAUAUCUGAAAUCUACAGUGAUGUAUUGAUGACAUAUUGUAUUGUGUCUUUUCCUUAACUUCAGCGUGACUAUUUUAUCUAGACGUCAAUGUGAAGGACUUGCGUCCAACAUCUGAGGGCCAA